GCUGGCUGGGGUGCUGAGACCGUUAACUCGCCAGGCUGGCAGGCUCCCGGCGGCUACUCCACUGGAGGCCGAGAUGGAGACGAUGCGGGCGCAGCGGCUGCAGCCUGGGGUGGGCACCGGCGGGAGGGGCACUCUGCGGGCAUUACGGCCCGGAGUGACCGGGGCCGCGGCUGCCGCCACCACACCCCCAGCGGGCCCGCCACCGGCCCCGCCGCCCCCCGCCCCGCCCCCGCUGCUCCUGUCUGGGGGCCCCGGCCUGCCCCUGCCCCCCGGCGCCUCCGGCAGCCCCGCGGUGCUACGGGAGGCCGUGGAGGCUGUGGUGAGGAGCUUCGCCAAACACACGCAGGGCUACGGCCGAGUGAAUGUGGUGGAGGCACUUCAGGAAUUCUGGCAGAUGAAGCAGUCCCGUGGGGCUGACUUGAAGAAUGGGGCCCUAGUGGUUUAUGAGAUGGUGCCUUCCAACAGCCCUCCAUAUGUCUGCUAUGUCACCCUGCCUGGGGGAAGUUGCUUUGGGAGUUUCCAGUUUUGCCCCACAAAAGCUGAGGCCCGGCGGAGUGCAGCAAAGAUUGCACUAAUGAACUCUGUGUUUAAUGAACAUCCUUCCCGGAGAAUCACUGAUGAGUUCAUUGAGAAGAGUGUCUCUGAGGCCUUGGCAUCUUUCAAUGGCAACAGGGAGGAGGCUGACAACCCAAAUACAGGGAUUGGUGCUUUUCGUUUCAUGUUGGAAUCCAACAAGGGCAAGUCAAUGUUGGAGUUCCAGGAGCUAAUGACCGUUUUCCAACUGCUGCACUGGAAUGGCAGCCUUAAGGCCAUGAGGGAAAGACAGUGCUCUCGGCAGGAGGUGUUGGCACAUUAUUCACACCGAGCUCUGGAUGAUGAUAUUCGCCACCAAAUGGCAUUGGACUGGGUGAGCCGGGAGCAGAGUGUGCCCGGGGCACUGUCUAGAGAGCUGGCCUCCACUGAGCGAGAGCUGGAUGAAGCGAGGCUGGCAGGCAAGGAGCUGCGCUUCCACAAGGAGAAGAAAGAUAUUCUCAUGCUGGCUGCUGGGCAGUUGGGCAAUAUGCAUUCUUCCAACUGCUAAGCAUCUACCCACGUACAUCCCAUCCUCUCCUGGUCCUUUUUUAUGUCUCCUUUCUAAGACUUAGGAUGCUUUCUGUACAUACUUUCUCAAUUUUAUACUUUCAAAUAUAGAUAUAUAUAUAUAUAUGUAUAAAUUCUACACCUGGAUUCCUAUGUGCUAAAAAAUCCCAUUUCUUAUUUCCAGCAUUUGGAUGUAGUUUCAUUGGAAACAUCCCCACUCCAAUUUAUGAGAAGGCUGUCUUUGGAGCUUUGCUGGCUCUCAUACUCCCAAAUUUCAGUAGCACAGAAUGAUUGACUAAGUGUUCACAUCUCCAUCUUUUAAAAGGACAGGUAGCCUGAAUAAGGAGUAUGUGCCCCACACUCACCCUCAUUCUUGCUUUCUUUUAGAUUCAAACAGAGCAUGAGUAUGAAGCCUUGAGCUAAACCUGCUUGGCUUGGUACCAAGUUGUUCCUCCAGUAAUUAGAUCUUUCCCACCCUAGACCCCACCAUCACCACCUCUACCACCCAACUCCUUCCCUACCUCCAAAUGCUACUUUAUUUUUAGGCUUCAUUAUUAUUGAGGCUUGCCUUAUUAUCUGGUUUAUUUUUAAAUUACUCCUGAGAAAGUUCCCAGGAACAAAAGGAAUUAUAAACAUAAUUCAUGGGGCUUUACUAUCUAGGUUGCCCCCGAGGUGUAUCUAUACCAUAUCAGUACUCCAGAUUUCUGGGUGCACUCCACACUGCAGAAGAGGUCAGGGUUAAAGUUGCUUAAUCUUGAAAUAUUCCUUUCUUACUCGUCCUCCACUGCUCACCCAGCUUAGUCAAGCCCUGUAUUUAGUUCUUCCUUCUUCCUCUCCUCCCAUCAUUUUACUCUUUGGAAACAUUAUCUGUCCUAUUUGGUAAGGGCCAUGUUCUACUCGUUUCCACCAAGUUGCUGCUAUUUACUACCGUAGAUGUAUGUAACCUUAGAUUCUCAUUUGUUUUCAAUGUUUUACUCUUCCUCCACACUGAUUAUUAGAAAAUGAGUUGAUCCGGAAAGUUAGGUGAGACUUUGGUAUUAUGACAUUUCCUUAUUGGAACCUUGGGAGACUACAAGGGGGAAAGAGAAUCAAUGGUCAGCUAGUUGUGUUUUAAUACUGUGAUAUUCCCCCUCCUCUCUCAUGGGAAAUUCUCCUUUUAGAGAAUAUUUUGAGAUUUUUAUCAAAGAUAUAUUUUCUCCUUAUUUCUGUGAUCUGCUUUAUAAUAUAUUGCUCGGUGUAUUUUCUAAAUUGAGCUUGGGGAAGUUUAUUGCUCCUGCAGUUGGGCUUUCCAUUUAACAACUAUACAGACUUUGCUUUUAGAAAUAGGAGGUAGCUCUCAGUUUGCUAUUGUGGAUCAGAUAUGGACAAGACGAAAGGCAGCUUUCUUGCUUUUGAAAUCAUCUUGGUGAUCAGGACAUAGGGGGUCAGAUAUAAAGUAAUCCAGCUACGGUUGUGUUAGUGCUUGAAAGGGGCUUCCUUGAAUUCUUCAAGCCCCUCUCUAUGAAGCACAUGUGAGGAUGGAGUAGAGGCUACUAAUCUGCAUUAAAUAAUAGGUGUGUCUAUUCUAUUUUUAUUGUUGUUCAUAACCCAGAAGUCAUAAACUCUCCAAAUUCUCCUAUGCUCCUUUCUCUGGGAAGAAGUGUUAAGGGGUAUGAAUUAUGGCAAGAAUUUUUCUUUGGAUUUCCUGGGCUUAUUAUUUUUCUCGAACACCAACCAUUAAGAUCUCAAAGAACUUGAGAAAAAUUGUACCCUAAUCUGUCCAUUUGGUGUUAAAGGGUUUUCUUAUCUUUUCAGUAUUUUCUAUGUACUUAUGUGUAUAACUUUAUACAAUUAAAAAUAGAAUUUUGUCUAGUGAGCCAGAUUGACUCUUUCUUGAAACCUAUUGGAGCCCUGGUGGUGCAGUGGUUAAGAGCUAUGUCUGCUAACCAAAAGGUCAGCAGUUCAAAUCUACCAGCUGCUCCUUGGAAACCCUAUGGAGCAGUUCUACUCUGUCCUAUAGGGUCGCUAUGAGUCGGAAUCGACUGAACAGCAAUGGGUAUAUAUCAGAAGAGUUAAAAAAAAAAAAUGACCCUUUCUCUCACAUAUAUACUAAAAGUGAAUUUUUUAUUAGUUUUUUUUUGGGGGGGGGCAGGUAGAAAUAAGAUUGUACUACUGGGAAAAGGGAGCCUGCCCAGCCCUUUCUCCCUUUUCUAAACCUGUGGGGACUUUGGGUUCUGUCCUUGGCCCUUUCUCCAAUAGCUCUACCCACUCCCACUGGCAUUCUUACCUGCGUAAUGGCUUCAACUCCACUAUAUACAUUAUUCUCAAAUCUGUUUCUUCUGUGUUAACCUGUUUUGAGCUUUAUAUUUCCACCUAUUGGACAUUACCACCUGAAUAUGCCACAAGAACUUUAAACUCAUAUGUUAAAAAUAAAACUCAUCUUCUCCACACUUGAUCCUCUUUGACUCCCCAUAUCUGUUAUUGGAAUCAUUACCUACCUAGUUAUCUAAGCUAGAAACCUCAGGUUCACUUCGUGUUCCCUACUGUUAUCCAGUCACUCUAUCUCCUACAGUUCAUGUCCUUAGGAUCUCUGGGCUGGACCACUGUAAUAGCUUCCUAACAGGUCUCUGUCUCCAUUCUUAACUCCCUCCACAUCACCCACAGAUUUCUUUCUAAAACACUUGCUUAAACCAUCAUUUACCCAUCUUCACAUUCAGCAGUAUUUCCUAAAGUCUUAGAUGUGAAUCCUUGGUGUUACCUGAGAUGAUUUUAGAUGGUAGAUAGACAAACAUUUUUUAGUUUUAGUUGUUAGGCUUUUAUUUCAAUUUCUAGUAGAAAAAUAAUAGUUUUCCAUUUAUGGUAGCAAUAUUAAAAUUUUCUUUUAAUGUAAAUUUAUGUUUAAAAAGUCAGUCUAUUUAAGGAAAAAUACUAAGUAAAAAAAUAGUAAAAGACUAUUUGCACAUAUUAAAGAUCAUAAAUACUUAUUUUUGAAGUAGAGAAAUUUCUUGCUUACAGGGUAAAUUCCAAAACCCUAAGCGUGGCAUACAUUUUGACCCUAAACUGUAAUUCUGGCUUAAUUUCCCAGUCAUGCAACAUCAUCCAUAUAGAAUUUCUUGCCAUUCUGAUACUCACCCAUUCAAUGAAUAUUUACCACAUGUCUACUAUGAGCCAGGCACUUAGAUAAAGUUUGGAGAUACAGUUGUAAAUUUAUGAGUCUCUGCUCUGAGGCUUACAUUCUAAGGGGAAAAACAGACAUUAAACAAGUUAAAAGUAAACAAGGUAAUUAAAGAUUCUAAUUUAAGUUCUGUGAUGGAAAUAAGAAGCCACGGUGGUACAGUGGUUAAGAGCUCAGGCUGAUAACCAAAAGGUGAACAGUUCGAAUCCACCAGCCAGCUCCUUGGAAACCCUGUGGGGUAGUUCUACUCUGUCCUGUAGGGUCACUGAGUCAAAAUCAACUUGACGGCAACGGGUUUGAUGAAGAUAAACAGGUUGAAGAAUAGGAAGGUGGAGAAGAUGCCUUCAGGUGAGAGUAGUAUUGGGACUUAAAGGAUGAAGAUGGUCAGGCAUGUGAAGAGAUGGAGAAAGAGCAUCAGGAACAGAAGGUGCAAAAACCCUGAGAUGGGGAAGAGCAUGCAAGCCCAUAGUAGAGGGAAAGUGUAGCAAGAGCUUCACAGGUGAGGGGAAGAAUGGUAGUGGGGGAGAGGUUAGAGACAUAGGCAGAGCAGGCUGUGCAAGUUUGAAUUUUUAUUCUAAAUCCAACAGAAAGCAAGAGAAAGAUUUUUAGUAGUCAUGUGAAUACUGAUUUUGAAAAGGAUCACUCUACCUACUGAGGAGAGUGGAUUAGUAUCUCCUAGCGUCAGUACAACUGCUUUGAUUGAAAAAGCCUUAAAGGCCUAGUUCUAAUGCAAAGCCCUUCCUAACAUUCAUCUUCCUUUUCCUGAGUCCUAUUAGAAAUUCACUUUGUACUGUCAUAGCACUGUCUCUGAUACCAAUCAUAACAGAAAUGAUUGUAGAUAAUGCAAUUAUUUGUCCUGCCAUAAUCACAAGCAUUCAUAGGUUUGAUUAAUAAAUAAAUAAAUAACUGAACUUGCGGUCCACUAGUGUUGAAGGCCUACAUUGGGAUUACACAAUUUUGGUGAUAAAUGCAUUUUGCCUAAACCCUAGGUUUUCAGACAUGGAAUACCUAUACCAUGCAUGUUUAAGGCCAUGACUCCUCAGAGGUGGUAAGGAGAGUUUGGGAGCAGUUUAACUUAAAAAAACAUUGAUACCGGUCUCACCAAUUGUAUUUCAACAGCAGUAAGGUUUGUUAGCUUAAGAAAGAUAUUCCGUGCUGCAGUGCAUUACAAAGUAGCUUUUUGACCCAUUAUUACUGACUGAACUAUUUAAGAUUAAAAAAAAAACAAAAAACUGUUUUCACAGAUUAUACUGCUCCUCGGAAACGGUAUAAACCUGAAAGUUUUGACAGGAAAAACUUCCUUCAACCCCCAUAUGCUACAUGGGGUAAAAAGCGACUGAAAGCAAUUCUCUAAGAAAUGAGGCUGGACUUGACUGCCAACCGUCCUCCCCCGUGGCUUUAUUAAGUGGGAGUGGCUGGCCCCGCCUACUCCCCCAUAGUUUGACCGUCACAGUGCUGCUGCUGCAGCCAGCUCACGACCUGCCCAAGAUGGCUACCGGAUCACUUCCGUUGUCUUCCCGACUGAGACCCGCGUCUAUUUGCGUAUUUUACACUGCGCCGGAUAAGGAAUUUAGAGUUGGCUUUUGAUUGGUCAACUUGACUGGGGACCUUUCCGCUCCGCGACAGUUUCCCAGAAAAAGCAAAGAAACGGAAAGAUCACGGCUUUGGUUUCGAAGAGGGGUCCCGAGCUCGGAUGCGUGAAGACUAUGACAGCGUGGAGCAGGAUGGCGUGAACCCGGACCACAGUGCUCUGUUGAAGGCUGGAUUGUCUUUGUUAUUGGAAUGUGUGAGGAAACCACCGAAGAAGACAUCCAUGACAGAUUUGCAGAAUAUGGGGAAAUAAAAAAUAUCCACCUCAACCUGAACAGGUGAACAAGAUAUCUGAAGGGAUAUACUCUAGUUGAGUAUGAAACAUACAAGGAGGUCCAGGCUGCCGUGGAGGGACUCAGUGGCCAGGAUUCGAUGGGACAGCCAGCCCAUCAGUGUCGAUAGACGUUUUGUUUGGGGUCUGUCCAAGAACAAGAGGAGAGGUGGCCGAAGUCACAGCACAAGUCCAGAUUGGAGGUGGUGCUAACAGGUCCUCUGUUGUCCAGGUGUUCUCUGCCGAGGUUCCAUUUGAUCAUGCAGCCUUGAGGAAGUUGAGCGGGGCUAGAACUUGCUGUGGUUAUAUUUAAUCCCUCACCCUCCCCCGCCUGUGUUUGAGUUGUGAAUAAAUGUCCCAGUUUUGUUUUUUGUAUUUAAAGUUGUUUUCUGCUGUAACUGGAAGUGAAAAUUCUGGGGUGCUAUUUACAAUAAGGUAGUAUGGGUGAUUAUUAAAUUACUUCUCCUGGGAACUGAAUUCCAUGCGAGAUUUUACAUUGGAUGUAGUCUUAAAUGACGCUGCUGGGUAUAUUUUUCUUAGAAGUUAAAAAACCAAGAGUAGCAGUGAGAUAUGUUUGUGGUAUUAGAGAAUAUUUAUUCUGUUCAUGUAUAGUCUGUCCUGAGCAAAUGGAUGUUGUAGUGAAUGUUUUUUUUUGUUUGUUUGUUUCUCAUGCCCUACUUGCUGCUACAUUCGUGUGUGCUUCUAGCUGUCUCGGGCAUUCUGCCAGACCCUUCUUCCCUGGAGGACCCUGUGCCCGGUUCUUGGUUCCCUCUUCGGCAGCCAAGUGUGAAGGCCCCAUAGAGUAGAGGAUCCAGAGCAGCAUUGAGGAGGCCAAAGAGAAAAAGGAUGUGGCUGAGGCUGGGGGUUCUUAGCAUGGUGGAAGAGAACCAGUACCACAGACCCAGCAGGUAAUAAGGUGUACAGCAGAGGACGAAGGUCAGCAAGAGAAGGAGGGCCAGUCACAGGGCCCCCAGGCGGACAUGAGGGUGAUUGUCUAAGGAGCAGUGGAGCGCAGAUCCAUUGGAAGGGGCUGAAAAUCUAGAAAAUAUCCUUGGUUCAGAGCCACUCAGCUUCUGAAAGGAGUAUAAGAUGAAUUAGUGGAGGGGAAGUGACAAUGAGAGUGAGCUCCCCCCACCACUGGAAAUAAAUACUGCAACACCCCUUCCCCUUCCCAGCUUGAGACUGCGUGAUCCCCUUCCCCCAGGGAUUGUGGCCAACAUGCUGAGGAAUGGUUUCUGAUCACGUUGCUGUGUUAUAUGUGAAGUCCCCACAACUCCCUCCAGACUUUGGUGUUAAAAAGUAUAGGGAAAUGCAGACCAUUUUACUCCUGAAUCCGUGUCCAGCUAACUUGACUUCAGAGGACUAGAGACUGCUUAGAAUCAAAUGCAUUUAGUAAAAUGACCUGUAGCAUCAGGUGCUAGAGAUACGGUGAGGGUCUCACUUUGGAUUAGUGACUGACAGCUGUCAGGUAGAAAGCUAGGUCAUUAGGCUAGAGGCAACAACUUUGGGGGUGAGGAUUAGGGCCUGGGAUUGGAAUCUCACCAUAGUUCCCUUUCCUUGUCCAGAGCACGGACACACUGAGGACGACAUGGCUAUAGCUGAUGGCCACGGCAGCAGAAGGUGAAGAGGUUAUAGGUGGUCUCUUACCAUUCAGCCUUAAAGCUGCCCUUGGUGCCACACUGAAGUGGACUGGGCUAGCUAGUUGGAUGGUAUGGAACAGGAACAGCUAGAGUGGAGUUGAAGACUAUUAUAAAUGGUCUCCCUCUCCACCUACCCUGCUGUGUCACAGUAUUCCUCUCGCCCGUUUUAUUUGCGAUUUACCAUGUACUGUAAAAAGCUUUCUCUCAAAUACUUCUGAUACUUGGGAACUUGAUAUUACAAAAAUAAGUACUUAUUAACUAUCCCCAAUACUUUUUUUUAUCAUACGAAGACAAGUAUUAGGCUGAAUGAGAGAGGAAAGGAAAGGAAAGGCCUGUUCUAAAGAAGACAGAAGAGUGAGGGAAUUGUUUCACAAAGGGCUCAGGUAAAAUUCAAUGUUGUCACUUUCCCAUUUGUUCAAAAUGGGUGAUGCUCAUUUGUUGUUGAACAACCUAGGGAGAUUAUACAUCUGUUGAUGGGGCGAAACGGUUUAAGAAAUAGUCUCUUGAGGACUAGUGGUGGCAUUGUUUGCACAAAACUAGUUGGUGGUGGCAGAGGUCAGUUGUUUUAACUGUAAACCAAAAAAAAACCCUGUUGCCGUCAAGUCAAUUCUGACCCAUAGCGACCCUCUAUGGGACAUUUUAAAAGAAGAAUACUUAAAAUGAAAAAGAGAAAUAUUAAUGUGAUAGUACUCGGUAAUUUUAAGCCAGGAUCUUAAGGUACACAUAGACACUUGUUAAUUUUAGGGAGGUGGGAGAACAUUUCUAAAAGUGGGCAAUAACAUUCACUUCUAGUGUUUCUGGUGUAAUCCCUUCCAUCACUAAGGGGAAAGAGAAUGUUGAAGUGGGGAUGUUUAAAGUAAGUAUACAUGUUUUCACUGACCCUUGUGCCCUGUGUAUCCCAGGUACUAUUUCUUUUCCCUUAUCAUGAAUUUGAGUCAGGAUGCCUGUGAGAUUGGCCGACUGAUGGAACAAGAGUCUGCAGAAUCUACUGCUCCUAUCUUCUAUUCCAAAUCUGAGGAAAUCAUUAUUGAAUUGGGAGCAACAAAGGAUAAAAAACAGGAAAAGAAAGAAACAGCAGACGUGGUCAAGAAGUGCGUUCUCUUUGUUAUUUUGCGAUGAGACCUCUGGGGUUCGGCACCAAGGCAGAGAAAUACAAUAGUCUUCCCUAAUCCGUGGUUCACUUUCUGUGGUUUCAGUUACCUACGGUCAACCUCGUUCAUGCUUGUGUUCAAGUAACCCUUAUUUUACUUAAUAAUGGCCCCAAAGAGCAAGAGUAAAGGUGCUGGCAUUUCAGACACGUCAAGGAGAAGACGUAAAGUGCUUCUGUUUUAUUAUGUUAUUGUUAAUCUCUUUGUGUAAUUUAUAAAUUAAACUUUAUCGUAGGUAUGUAUGUAUAGAAAAAACAUACCUAGGGUUCUGUACUGUCCACAGUUUCACACAUUCACUGGGGAUCUUGAAACGUAUCCCUCACAGAUAAGGGGGGACUACUAUAGACUGAAAGCACUUAGUUCUGCUUCCCUUGGUCUGGGGCUUCCCACAGUUCCCCACCAUCACUCCUCCCAUUCCUUCCAGCUUUAUUUUUAGCUGCCAAUGGGAGGGGGCAGGAUGGGAGGGAAAGUAAAGAAAACAGAAAAUGAGAGGGACAGAGGCACAGAAGACUUCUCAUACGGACAGAAGAACAUCCAGGCAUGGAGCUCCCCCUCAUGCCUCACCUGUCCUUGCCGCUGAUGUUCCUGACCGGUGACGGAGCUUAAUUCUUGGCUUCUGUUGGGAGUGGAAGGUGUAUGGGCCUGGCAUUGGGACCUUUAGGGUUGAGAUUCUCUAGGCGUUAGGGUGGGAGGUCAACAGUGACUCUGUAUUUUUAUAGACUGUAUGUGUGUUGGUACAUGUACAACCUUGGGGUCUUAUGCCCACACGUUUGAUGGCUUUAAUAUUGAAACUAGCAGGGGUCUGAAGCUGUCUAGGUUCUGGGAUAAGAUUUGUGUCCAGUUAUUUAAAAUUUUUGUUCUAAGUCCUGGAGGAGUGAAGAAAUGGAAAAGACCUUCCAUGCAGCUAUUCUGAUUUCUGUUGUCUACCCUUCCCUCCCUAUUUCCGCAUUCUAGGGAGCCCUGGUGGCACAGUGGGUAAGUGCUCAGCUGCUAACCAGAUGGUCAGUGGUUACAACCCAGCAGCCUCUCCACGGGAGAACGAUGUGGCAGUCUGCUUCUGUAAGAUCUACAGCCCUGGAAACCCUAUUGAGCAGUUCUGCUCUGUCGUAUAGGGUCACUGUGAGUUGGAAUUGACUCAGUGGCAAAGGUUUUUUGGAGGUCCAAGGGGCCUGAGGCAUGACAUCCUUACUGAUGUGGUCAGAACUGUUGAGUUUAUUUAACCAAUUAGCAACAGUGCUGGUCAUACAUCCCUUGUCAGUAUCCCGGAUGCAAAAAUUUCACAUUCAGAACAUUCUUUUGAAAAUGGAUGUGGCUUGGGAUAGAGCUAUAGCCAGUUGUGGUUAUGGUGGUGGCCUGAGAAAGGGUUGCUUGAAAGGAAGCAGUAAGACAGUGGGGGAGAGAACCCUGGGAGGGACAAGAAGGCCUGCAUUUUUUUCCUCCCCAGUGCCCUGUAGAUUGUUUCUUAAAAUACCAGCUCUGAGUUUAAAGGUGUGGGGUGGGAAAGAAAGAAUCAGCCAGGACAUGACGGGGCCCUUUAGAGGGGGCCAAGGGUUGAGGAAGCCAUGGAGGUAGGCAGAGGGGCAGUUGGGAGGGUGGGUGAGUUAGAAAGGAGGAGGGUCGUGGGAAACUUUGGGGCGGUGGGACUCUUGGCAAGGAAGGAUGGCAAACCACAUGUGUGGGCAGGCAAGCUGCCCCACCCACUUAAUUACCACUGAGGUUUCCAGGGCUGGGAUCAACCAGAGACCGAAACAUUGGAGAGAGUGUGACAGUGACACUGGGAGUCAAGAAGAGAUGGAAAGACAAGAAGAGACUCAGACACAGUGGUACCUAGCCCUCUCUUGUUCUCCCUGUGGCCCUGGUUAUGGGAGAAUUUGAAAGGAAUGGUUAUGCUGGGGCUGCAGAAAGGCCCUCUCCCUCUUUUGUCCCUCAGUUUGGGGAGGAGGAUGUGUAGGAGGGAUGAUGUGGAAGAGUAAGCUGACCCUCCAGACAUGUCUGUCAAUGAGAUUUCAGGACAGGAGUGGAAACACAGCUGUGCAUCUGCAUGGCAGAGGGCCACAGGUUAGACAUCUGGAUCCAAACACAGGAAGGGGAUCAUCUGUGGUUGGGGCUCUGAGUACAUGACAUUGACAGAAGCCAGGAGAGUUUAUGAGUCAAAAGCAGGCAGACAGACUGAGAUCAGCGCUCCUCACUGCUUCUCUCUGGCUAUGGCUCUGGGCUCUCGUUGGCCUCUCUGACUGCUUCAUGCAAACAUUAUGAUCCUAGCCCAUUGGUCUCUGCUCCCCGUUUAACCUGGCUGCUCAUCGCCUACACCUGCUCCCUGGGCCACUCAACGCUGAGUAUGGAUACAGUGUCCAGUAGUGUAGAAAUGUUUAGCGAAUGGGAAAUACCCAGUGUGUAGUAGCCAGAUAAAUGGCUUUAGGUCAUUUUGUGAAAGAAGUGGGAAAAUCUCUACCAUAUACAGUUGCCAUGGUGUUACAGGGUCCUUCCUGGGGACCCUGUCUGAGUCCUUAUAUUCCAAGUCUGAAAAACAGCUAAAUUUGGAAACUUUGCCAAGAGAUCAUGGCUUUUUUUUUUUUUUCUUUUUAAUCAUGGCUGCCUUCAGCCUUCUGAUCAUCCAUGCUUGAUUUCUUUUGAUUGCGUAGAUUGAACUUUGCCGUUUUUGCCUGUUAUUUAUCUUGUCCCCUAAGGAUGCCUUGUUCUAUUAACCAUUUUCUCAACUCAGCGUUCUGGCUGCCACUGUGAUCUUCCCUCUCAUUAUAAUUAUCCUCACCUUGCUUGUGAUGUUUAAGCAGUAGCACCUGGCUUCCUGUUUCUGGAUUAUAUCUUCGCCAUUGCUUUUGGGAAGUCCAGAUUUAUCAUGCCGUCUCCUAUUUUCCGGACUGGCCCAUGCGACAGCCAUGAUGGAGUUUUUCAGUGUUGCUGGUUCCCUUCUCAUUAGCGUGUUUUUUGUUGCUUUGGAAAAGAUUGUUCACUGGACUGUCUUGAACAGCAUCAUAUGAUAGGUUUUUCAGCCCUACAGUAGAAUAUCCAUUCCGGCAUGACCACUUUUGUGUCUUUUGAUUCUUCCUCCAGUCAUCUCAGAGCCCAUAACCUUAAACGAUGCUGGAGGAAGGCACACUGGGCUAAUCUGGAGCUUGGACAUAAUCUGUAUUUUGCCAGUCAACAUAAUUGUUCUGUAAUGUGUCACCUGUGUCUUAUCGACUGUGCAAAAGCAUUUGACUGGUUCACAACAAAAAAGGAUAAUGCUGCGAAGAAUGGGAAUUCAAGAACACUUAAUUGUGCUCAUGAGAAACCUAUAUGUAGACCAAGAGGCAGUUGUUCGAACAAAACAAGGGGAUACUGUGUGGUUUAAAGUCAGGAUUGUAUCAUUUCACCAUACUUACUCAAUCUGUGUGCUAAGCAAAUAAUCCGAGAAGCUGGACCAUAUGAAGAACGGGUCAUCAGGAUUGGAGGAAGACUCAAAAACCUGUGAUAGGCAGAUGGCACAACCUUGCUAGCUGAAAAUGAAGAGGACUUGAAGCACAUACUGAUGAAGAUCAAAGACCACGGCCUUCAGUGUGGAUUAUACCUCAACAUAAAGAAAAUAAAAAUUCUCACAAUGGGACCAGUAAGCAGCAUCAUGAUAAACAGAGAAAGACAAGUUCUUGAGGAUUUCAUUUUGCUUGGAUCCACAAUCAAUGCUUAUGGAAACAGCAGUCAAGAAAUCAGUCCACUCAUUGCAUUAGGCAAGUCUGCUGCAAGAGACUUUUUUACAGUGUCGAAAAGCAAAGCUGUCACUUUGAAGACUAAGGUGCGCCUGACCCAAGUCAUGGUGUUUCAGUCACCUCAUAUGCAUGGGAAAGCUGGACAAGAAAUAAAACUGAAGAAGAAAUUGAUGCCCUUGAAUUAUGGUGUCGGUGAAGCAUAUUGAAUAUAUGAUGGACUUGGAAGAAGUACAGCCAGAAUGCUCAUUAGAAGCAAGAAUGAUGAGAUUUAGUCUCACAUAGUUUGGACAUGUUAUCAGGAGGGAGCAGCCCCUGGAGAAGGACAUCAUGCUUGGUAAAAUAGAGGGUCAGUAGAAAAGAGGAAGACCCUCAAGAUAGACACAGUGGCUGCAAUAGUGUGCUGAAACACGGCAGUGAUUGUGAGGAUGGAGCAGGACUGCACAGUGUUUUGUUCUGUUUUACGUGGGGUUGCUGUGAGUUGGAAUCAGGAGCUUCUAACAACAACAGAUGUGUCACGAAGCUCAGAUUAGAAAUCACUUAAAAAACUUGUGACCAGAGCAGAGGCUAUUUGAUUAAGUUCAAGCCCUGAAUGCUCUUGGUACAUGUUUUCCAGGCGGUGUCAAAAGUUUGCCACAGUUUUAUCCCUUUGUUGCUUAUAAUUUGAAUACGCAAUCAAUCAGUUUUAGUGGAGUAAACCGAUGGGAUGACAUCUAUAUACUUUUCUGUUAAUUCUCACACUUUGUGAUGGGACUCGGGUGGUCUGAGAUCCUUUAAGGUCCCCAGAGAUAGAAGUCCAUUUGGCUUCUUCAAACCACAGGGAAGCAUUUUCAGGCCCAGUAAUAACCAAGGAAUCCUGGAGAAUAUGCUCAUAGGACAAUUCUAAAUUGUUCAGCAAAUAUUUCCCUCUCCUCUUGGGGAUAUGGCGUGAAGUUCAGAUUGAGACCAAGGUUUAAAUGUUAUUUUCUCCAUCAGCCUCGGUUGAGAGCAAGUGCCAGUCAUACCCUGAGCCUCAUCUGCAGAAGGUAGGGCCUGGGAGAAGGGCGUAUAAGGGGACAUUAGGGUAGAAAUAAGGGGGAGCUGUGGAGGAUUCUUGAGAGGAUUCAGGCUCAGAAAAGUUUUUCUGAAGACUUUAAGAGCCUCAGUAGGGUUGUUGAGGUUUGACUUACUGAGCUAUUUCUUGGAUUCCUUUAUACCAGGCAAGUAAGCAGACCACUGUACAUCUAAAAAUUUUGCUCCCUUUUGUUUCAGGGCUUCUCUUAGGUGGAUUAGUUUGGGAAUGUUCCAGAAGCCCAAAGGGGGCCACUGAAAUUAAUUGAGACCUUAGUAAAGUUUUGCCAGUAGAUAUAUUGGCCCGGGGGCGGGAGGAAGCACUGUUCUGUCAAAUGAGAAGUUCCCGUGUUCUUAACUGAUGGUACCUUACAAGAAGCCUGGGACUCUAGCCUCAAAAAUAUACAGAGUCUUAAAGUAUGUUCUUAACUGUGCUUCAAGGGACUGUCCUCUUUGAGUGCCAGCAAGAGUCAUCAGGAGACUAUUUCUUAAACCCUGCUUGCUCCAGUCAAGAAAUCUAUAAUCCCUCUAGAUUAUUCAACAAGGUAUGAAUAUCCUUGUUUUGAACAAAAGGGGGGACUGAGAAAGUUGAAUUUUAUAUGAGACCUUUAUUAAGGAAAUCCCUCACUCUUGUGCAUGUUACUGUGAAAUUUGCUUCUUGAAAGAUGGAUAGGUGUUAGCCAGCUGAGCAAGAGAGACUUAAUCUCUUUAAAUAACUUUAGAAGAGCCAUUUUUCUUUCUUAUCUCAACCUUCCUGUCUCCUUCAGCCUCACUCUUUUCUCCCUCCACCUCUGUCUUCUGGAUCCAUCUGACCUUGUCAAAAGGAAAGUAAACAUUCUGAACAAAAUGGCCCUAAUCUCAACCUUAGUAAAUCACUCACCCAUCCCAGCAGUCAGUCCCCCCAACUUUCUUUUAAAAGCACUUAGUUCUUUGUCUUUCCGGAGUUGGAGCUCACACUUAGUUCUGGUGUCCCACCCUUCCCGCUGUGGUGAUCCUCCCCCAGCACAGUGCUCCAUCUUCUCCCCAUUUAUUCCUUUCCCCUCCGUUACAAUAGUCCUUUUUGAAUAAAAGUCAUCCUUGCCUGUUUUCAUAUGGUCCAGUGAAAUUAUUUCUUUGAUAAGCAACAGAGUCCUGUCUUCAAAAAAUUUACGGAACAGUGCAGGAGACAAAUGAGAAGAUGUUUACAAUAUUGUGUGCAGUUGAAAAAGUAUAAAAUUAAAGGUAAGCAUAAGGAGCCUAAGAACAAUGGAAGGAUGUUUGACCCAGACUUGAACAGUCAGGAAAAACUUCGCCAAGAUGUUAAAAUUUGCUUCUUGAAAAAUGGAUAGGUGUUAGCCAAGUUAAAGCAAGAAUGCUGGGGAGAGUGGAGGAUAGAGCAUUUCAAAGUGGUUGCUGAGGAAGUUGGAGGUGUGUGAGGUAAAAAAAAAAUGGUGAGUAAUGGGCUUGGAGGGGAAGGGCCAGCUCAUAUAUAUUAAACUUGUACCGUAUACUGAGGGCCGUGGAGAAACUUAAACAAUUAAAAGGUAGAGAGUGAUAUAAUCAGAUGUGUACUUUUUACCUUGGCUUUGUUGUGGAAUGGAUGUCAAAAUUGGAUAUAAAGGGAACCCCUCACCUUGAGGACCAGUAAAUCCAAUCUCAAUCUUGGAAAGGAGCUAGAAGUGCAGAGAAUAGCUCGAAUCUCAAUCUUGAAAAGGAGCUAGAAAUGUAGGAAAAAGCUAAGUCUAAAGCAGUCCUUAUAAACAAAAACCACCACCAGAGUCACAAAGGGCUGUUGCAGGUAUGGAUAGAACAAGCAGCAUCUCUGAGACUACAGAAUGAGGAUUCUUAGGUCUGGAAGGAAGCUAAGAAGGGUAUUAAUUUCAGUCUAUACAAUGAGAAUGUACUAUAGGUAAAUUCAGAUUUAAGAUUGCAUCCUUAAAACCUCAAAAACAGAAAUAUAACUACUAAAAUACAGUCUGACUGUAGCUGUAAGACAAAAAAAAUACUCCUAACAGUAUGUUCUACAGACGGACCUCUGUUACCCCAAGCUUUAAGAAGCCUAUUGCCACAGUGUAGUAGAAUUACACAGUAAGGUUUGUUUAGAUGAAGCAAAUUUUAGGUAUGGACUGGGAAUUAAAAGCCUGUUUUUGUUACAUUAUUGUUUUUUCCUACUCCCCCCCCCCCCACCCAGUCUAGGCUGUACUACUAACAAGCUAUUUUGACUUUGGCAAAGUCACUUGAAAUCUGUGGGCCAUAAGAUGAUGGAAUAGAUGAAUUUCAUUCUUUCUUACAGCCUGACAAUCUGACAAUAAUUGCUUCAAUGGCAGACCGGUGGUGUCAAGUGUGAUACACAUACAAAAGGUGAUAUUUUUGUCUCCAAAUUAGUGUCUUCUUCGAUAAACUGUGGAGCCCUGGUGGCACAGUGGGUAAGCACUUGAAACUACAAGCUACUCUGUGGGAGAAGGGUGUGGCAGUCUGCUUCAGUAAAGAUUUACAGCCUUGGAAACCCUAUGGGACAGUUAUGCUCUGUCCUUUAUGGUCACUGUGAGUCGGAAUCAGUUCCAAGGGCAGUGGGUUUGGUUUGGGUAAAUUUUGCAUUAUCCAUAUGCUGUAACUAUAUUUAAAAUAGAGUGUCAAUAAAAAAAAUUUUUUUUUUUUUAAAUGUGGUAUAAUCAUGUGAGGGAGUACUGUGGGUAGUUGGAAAUGAUUUAUUUUUGUAGGCUGAAGUUACCAAGUAUCACAUGUACUUGAAAGUAGGUAGUAAACUUGAAAUAAAAUAAGAAAAAGCAGAAAUAAGAGGACACUGGACCAUACUGAAGUCCAGAAGCCUUCACUCUUUUUGUAGCUCUUCUAACAUCUCUAGUACUUUUAGGCAUCCCAAAACCCAGUGCCAUCAAGUGGUUCCGACUCAUAGUGACCCUAUAGGACAGAGUAGAACUGCCCCAUAGAGUUUCCAAGGAGUGCCUGGCAGAUUGGAACUGCCUACCCUUUGGUUUGCAGCCGUAGCACUUAACCACUAUAUCACCAGGGUUUCCUCUUUUAGGCAUAGCACCAAAAAUAAAACAAUAUAUAUGAACUCAUGAUAGAGGAAUAUAUGAACUCAAGAUAGCGAUGAGGAAAGGCCCUUAUCAGAGACCACUACCCAAGUUGGUCAGAGCAGACUGAUAAUUCCAAGUCGUUCAUAAAAUGCGUAUGUCUAUGGCUGAUACUCUUCACCUGUCCUAAAAGUCCCUCAUGCCUCCUGAAAUGACCCCCAAAUGCCUUUGACCUAGGAACCUGGUACCUACUGAGCCUGCCUUUUAUCAAAGGAAUAGUGAGUCUGCGUUACCAGAAUGAAGGUACUAACCCUGAAGGUUGAAACUGAAAAAAAAUACCCUACUGAUUGAAACAAAAAAAUCCAGCACCUUACCAAAAAGAGAGAGAGGCAGCCAACAGCAUUUGGAAAAUGUGAACGUUUAUUUAACAUUGUUUCACUAUUACAGUUACUAAACAAAAGACUAUUACUAAAGGAUACUUCACAAAGUGGCUGCAAAAUGGUCUGAAAUCUAAGGGCCACCUAUUUUAUACAAGGUUUCUUUUUCCAUAGAAUUCAUCACAGCCAUGCCAGGAAAAUCAUUUCAGCUAGAAGUGUUGGUGAGGUGGUGAAGAUAGCAUUCUUUUACAUAAAGUACGGUGUUAGAACAGUAUUUGAAAAGUUGGAUUCGAGUUUCAGGAUUUAACAAACUUAAUAGACAGCUCCAUAUUCAAGAUUAAGUGGAAGAGAUGGAUUUUCAAGAUACAAUUCUAACCUUUAAAAAGGGCACUAAGGAUGAACCAUUGCUCAGCAUCGCACAGCUCACUGACACAAGAAUAGUAGUUUCAAUCAUCUCAUAUGCAUGGGAAAACUGGAUGAUGGAAAAGGAAGACCAAAGAAUAGACAUAUGGAAGUUGUGUUGGUGGAGGAUACUGACAAUACUAUGGGCUGCCAGAAGAAUGGACAAACCAGUCUUGGAGGAAGUAGAGACAAAAUGUUCCUUAGAAGCAAGGAGGGUGAAACUUUGUUUGACUUACUAUGGACAUGUCAGCAGGAGGGACGGACUGCUGGAGAAGGACAUCACACUUGGUAGAAGGUCACCCAAAAAAGGCAGACCCUUAAUGAGGUGGGCUGACACAGUGGCUGCAACAAAGGGCUCAAACAUAGCAACAAUCACGAGGAAGGUAUAGGACCAGGCAAUGUUUCCGUUACACAUAAAGCCACUAUGAGUCAGAGAUGAAUAACAGCAACUGACAACGGUAGGACUACUCAUAUGGGAUUACGGAUGAAUUGGGAGAUCACAUAUAGCCACCAAUAGUCAAUGAGUGAAGGUGUAUGUGUGGCUAUGAUCUAAAGUUUCUAUGGAGCUUCCAGACUAAGACUAGGAAGAAAGCCUGCUGAUCUACUGAAAAUCAGCCAGUAAAAACCCUAUUGAUCACAAAGGUCUGAAUCACACUGAUGCACAGGGAUGGCUCAAGACUAGGCAAUAUUUCCUUCUGUUGUGCAUGGGGUCACCGUAAGUUGGGGGCCAAUAACAACUGUUUAAGAGGGUGGCAGUGGGGAAUCAUUUCUAUUUAUCUGAGGACUCCACUCUAACUGUUCUUACUCAAUACCAUCUGCCAAGUUGGCCUAUUCCCUUUCCCCCAGUGUGUCACCAAAGGUAGUUUAAAGGCUUGAUGGCAAGUGACCGCCUAUAACCUCUUCACCUUCUGCUGCUGCUUUCAACACCCAUUGACUGCCAUGGCCAUCUGCUAUAGCCACAUAGUCAUCAGUAUGUUGAAGUUCCAGACAAGGAAAGGGGACCAUGAUGAGAUUCUAAUCCCAGGCCCUAAUCCUCACACCCAAAGCUGUUGCCUCUAGCCUGAUUACCUAGCUCUCUCCCUGACACCUGGCAAUCAGUGACUAAUCCAAAGUGAGACCUCACCUCAUCUCCACCAUCUGAUGCUGAUCAUUUCACUGAAUGCAUUUGAUCUAAGCAGUCUCUAGUCCUCUGAAGUCAAAUUAGCUGGGCAAGGAUUCAGGAGGAGGGUGAUCUGUAUUUUACUUUACUCUUUGACACUGUAAAGUCUGGAGAUAAACGUUAAGGGCUUCAUAUACAAUACAGCACCUCGAUGAAAACCCUUUCUCCAACCAUGUCAGUCAUAAUCCAUAUGUGGAGAGGGUAAGAGAGUCCUAGGUUGGGAAGGGGAGUGGAGUUUGCAGCAUUUAUUUCCAAUGGUGGAAAGAGAGAGAUCCAUCUCACUGUCUCUGCUCCUCCAUCAAUUCAUCCUAUAUUCAGUUCAGAAGAUGCCAGUGGAUUUGCACUCCACGGCUUCUUAGUCACCCUCGUGUCCACCUGGAGGCCCCACAACUUGCCUUCCUUGUUUUGCUGACCUUCUUCCUCUGCUGGAUGCCUUAUUACCUGCUGGGUCAGUGGUACUGGUUCUCCCCCACCAUGCUACCUGAAGUUCCCCCCAGCCUCAGCCACAUCCUUUUCCUCUUUGGCCUCCUCAAUACUCCUCUGGAUCUUCUACUCUAUGGGGCCUUCAUACUUGGCUGCUGAAGAAGGCACAGAGUCCUCAAGGAGGGAGGGUCUGGCAGAAUGCUCCUGAGACAGAUGAAAGCACAAAUAAAUGUGGCAGGAAAAACUAAAGAGACAUUCCUACAAUAUCCAUUUGCUCUGAACAGAAUAUAUAGGAACAGAAAAAAUAGUGUUUAAUACUAUAAGCACGUCUCGCUGCUAUGCCUGAUCUUUUAGCUGUCCGGAGGAAAAAAAAAAAUUAGUGUCUCCAAUCUAACAAUGACCAAUGUAGAAACUCACAUGGAACUCAGUCCCUGCAAGGAGUACCUGCACAAGUGACUGAUACUGCCUUCCUGUAAAAACUAAUUUGUAGCUUUCAAUGUUGGUGCAGAGAAACAAUUUUAAAUAUAGAAAAUAAAAGUAAGACAUUUAUUCACAACUCAAACAUAAGGCAGACAAAGGCUAAGAAAUUAAAUAUAAACACAGUAAGUUCCAUCCCAAUUUCUCCAGGCUGCACAGUCAAAUGGAAUCUUGACAGAGAACAGGAGGACAACAGAGGACCUGUCAGCGCCGCCUCCGGUCUGGACUCCUGCUGCGUCUUCGGCCACCUCUAGGGAAAAGGAGGAGAGAAGGGGGUCCAUCAGAGUGACGUCUGAUAAAGCCCUUAUUCUUUCUGCUCACAUUCCCUUACCAAGAUAGUCACUCCUUUCUCCACCUUACCUCCUCUUGCUCUUGGGUGGACCCCGAACAAAACACCAGUCUACACUGAUGGGCUGUCCCAUCAAAUCCUGGCCAUUGAGUCCCUCCAUGGCAGCCUGGGCCUCCUUGUAUGUUUCGUACUCAACUAGAGUAUACCCCUAGAGGAUGUGAAAAAACAAAUAUCAAAACCCUUCUACAUCACCAAGACUUACUGGACAUCCUUUUCCUCAAAUCUAAACUCAUACUUCGACAGAAAAAACUAUAAGUUUUAAAAAAUGGUCUGUGGGAAGGAAGGCAAUGAGAUUUGAUUUUGGAUACCUUCAGGUAUCCUGUACGCCUGUCCAGGUUCAAGUGGAUAUUUUUUAUUUCUCCAUAUUCUGCGAAUUUGUCAUGGAUAUCUUCUUCAGUGGCUUCCUCGUGAACUCCAGUGACAAAAAGAAUCCAGCCUUCAACAGCUGUUGAUGGGGGAGGGAGAUGAACGUAGAUGGUUUUGAGGACAUGACAUAAAAAAAACUUUAAGCUGAGCUAUGGCAGCUAAGAGGCUGCAGACUUCAGUAUUUUCUCAGGCUAUCUCUGACCCCGUUCCUACACGGUUUUAUUUUAUAGGUCCUAACUGCUUAAGGACACAGAACCCCACAGGUUCCACUUCACUCACAGCGUUGUGGUCCGGGUUCAUCGCCAUCCUGCUCCACGCUGUCAUAAUCUUCACGCAUCCGAGCUCGGGACCCCUCUUCUAUAAGAAACGCACAUCAGAUCACCAGGAAUUCCCCUCUUACCCCACCGUUCCCCAUGGGGGUCUCCAAAACUCGUAGCUCCCGCCCUCCUGGACCACUCCACCCCAUUUUCUCAACGAAUACUCACCAGAACCAAAACCGCGGCCUUUCCGUUUCUUUGCUUUUUCUUUCAAUUUGUGGAUGCUCUCUGGAACCAAGCAAAAAAAGGGAAUGAGUAACAAAGGCAAAACCCAUUUGUAAAAACUGGCCUUUUACCAAAACAAUAUUUAAAGUGUGGAUCCCACUGUCUGCAGUCCCAGUCCCUUCCCGGUCCCACCCCAAGUCCUCCCAUAGGGGGUGGAGCCUCUGACCCCAGCGCCCACUCUCCCUGCCGGGGAGAAAGGAGACUAUGCUUUAGUAAUACACCCUUCCCUCUCUCCUCCCCCGCUCCCCGCAGCCGUCUCCGCUGUCUUCACCGUCCCCAUCCUCAUCCAUGGCGAAGUCCUCGCCCCCGGCCUCAUGAAGAUCCAGCACGUCCGCCAUCCUGCUUUCGUUGUUGCUCUCGUCCGUGCCGCCCAGGCUCUAGGCACCUCGGGAAACUGUCGCGGAGGGGAAAGGUCGCCAGUCAAGUUGGCCAAUCAGAAGCCAACUCUAAAUUCCUUAUCCGGCGCAGUGAAAAUACGCAAACGGAGGCGGGUCUUAGCCGGGAAGAUGACGGAAGUGAUCCGGUAGCCAGCUUGGGCAGGUCGUGAGGCAGCUUCAGCCGCGUUGUGACGGCCAAACUAUGGGGGAGUAGGCGGAGUCAGGGACUCCACCUUCACUACGGCCACGGAGGACAGCUGCAGACAGUGAAGUCUGACCUCAUUUCUUUAUUAAAAGAUUGCUUUCCAUCCUAUCUAGGAAAUGAGGAUGGAAGAAUACUUCGAGGUCUUGUACCUUGUUACGAGGUAUCUGAUAGCUAUCUGAUAGAACUAUUAAAAAAAAGUUCAGUGAGCAAUGUUGUUUCAAAAAGUUGCUUUGGAACGUAUUGCAGAACGGAAUACAUCUCUUUUAAGAAAUUAAAAGGUCGGGUUGCUGUUGAAAUACAAUUAUCAGAAAGGUAUUAACAUUUUUUAAAAGAUAAACUACUCCCUACCACCUCUUGAGACUUAAGGGGGAAAAAGUCAUGGUUGGACUCAAACAGAACGCCAAUGUUCACUGCAGUUUAUUUACAGUUGCCAAAGAGUGAACACAACCGAAGUGUCCAGCAGAUGAAUGGAUAAUCAAAAUGUGGCAUAUGCAUACAAUGGGAUACUAUUCAGCCAUGAGGAGAAAUUUAAUCCUGAUACAUGCUACCACAUGGACGAACCUUUGAAAACUUGUGGAGUGAAAAAACAUAGCUGUAUGAAAGAGGACCCCUUCUUCCAAAGGCAUGGGAUCACCUUGUCCUACUAGUUCCCAUCUGUCUGUCUCUGGACAACCCCAGCUGUAAUCAACCAUAAGCAAGUCUGGACUGGUUAAAGAGGAUUAUUGUAUGGUGGUGUUUUUCCUAAUAGCUGUCUAAUCUCACCUUGGCUUCUGCUUCUCAGAGGACCUGAACUGAUAAUAGUGGUACUGGGAAUGGUAUGAGAAAAUAGGCAGUAAGAUGGUUUGGAAACUAACUCGCUGCCUGAGUGGAACAAUCAAGGAUAAUCCAUGGCAUUAUUAUUGACCAGCGGUGACCUGGGAAAAUGUCUCAGUGGAGAGAAAGACCCUAGUCCGUGAGAUGUUUCAGGCAUUUAAAAGAUACAGGGAAGGGGAAGGACAUAAGAGUAUUUGUCUACUCAAAGACAUGUUCAUAGCAGUAUUUAUAUUGAUAACCGGCAAAAAGUGGAAACAAAUGUCCAAUUGAUGAAUGAACAAACAAAAUGUUGUAUAUCCAUGUAAUGCAAUACUACCGAGCAAUAAAAAGGAACGAACUACUGA